GCGGAGUCGCACACCUACAGCGUCUGCCACUGUGUCAACUGUGUCACUGCUCACCGGAGAUUCACCGAGGAGCAAUCGCUGAUCUAUUAGCAUACCUUCUGAACGAGAUACAGGCCCCUUGCCUGUUAAACCCUCUCCCGACACGCCGGAUUACCCCACUGAGGCCAUCCAUUUCCAGGCAGGAUCGGCUGUCCCCACGAACUUCAACAAAGAACCCCCAGCCAACAUGUGCCAAGACGAACAGGCACCCCGUGCCCCAGAGGCAGAGACCGAUGGCGAGAGUGUCUACUCUGAGUAUGCGAGUGACGUAUCUGAGACGACCAGUGCGACGUCGUCCAUCUUUGACUACCAAUAUGAGAAUGGCCGUCGCUAUCAUGCGUAUCGUGCUGGCCAGUAUCUAUUGCCUAAUGAUGAGACCGAACAGGAACGUCUUGACAUUAUUCAUCACGUCUUUACUCUCGCCUUGAAGGGUGAUAUUUGCAAGACGAAGCUUGAGAAUCCCCAAAACAUCUUGGAUGUCGGUACAGGAACUGGACUAUGGGCCAUGGAGAUUGGUGACCAGUUUCCCUCUGCAGAGGUCAUUGGAACUGACCUGAGCCCCAUCCAACCCCAAUGGGUUCCUCCUAACGUCAAAUUCGAGGUUGAUGAUGCAACCCAAGAAUGGACAUAUCCCAAGGACAAGUUUGACUUUAUCCACGCCCGCACCCUCGCCGGCGCAAUCCAAGACUGGCCCUCGUUCCUCACCCAAGCCUACGACCGUUGCAAGCCCGGCGGCAACAUCGAAAUCAGCGAGGGCAGGGCCAAUUUCUUCUGCGACGACGAUUCCCUCAAGGAGGACAUGGCGACGCACAAGUGGCUCACCGAGUUCCGUCGUCUCAGCGCCCCCCUCAAGUUUGACAUUGCUCCCGAGAUACCUGGUAUGCUCAAGGAGGCUGGGUUUGAGGAUGUCGAGUUUACGCAAAAGAUUGUUCCCAUGGGCACGUGGACAAAGGAUCCUAAGCUCAAGGAGAUUGGGCGAUGGUUUCGUGUGCAGUUUAUCGAGAUGGCACUUGAGGCUUAUUCGCUUGCUCUGUUUACGAGAGCUGGUGGAUGGUCGAAUGAAGAGGCACAGGUGCUUUUUGCCAAGGUUCGGGAGGAGCUCAAGUCUAACAAGAUUCAUCUGUACACUUAUUGUUCUUUUGCUACCGGAAAGAAGCCCAAGGAAUGAAGGGAUCAGCUCGAAAUAACAUAAUAGUUCCUUGACUUCUAUAGUGUUUGAAAGCUGCUAAGGUUGAGGUCCUUAUGAAGGUUUAUGACUAGCAAUACGUUCGAAUUAAAGUAUUAGCAUACAUUCUUAAGAAACCAUACAAUAUCUUC